AUGUCAAGACAUCGUGCUAAACGUGACGAAUCCACAGUCCGAGACUGCAGCGAUCCCGAUGACCCGUAUUUGCCACCAACGGCUACUGACACAACUGAAAGAAUUGCUGAUCUGAGAGUCGAGAUGGAAAAAAUUGUACCAAAAGUAAAUGGUAGAAUUGCAGCGUAUCUCAUACCAUCUGCAGAUGCGCAUAAUAGUGAAUAUAUCGCCGAAUGUCACGAGAGGAGGCAGUGGAUAACUGGGUUUACCGGGUCAGCAGGUUUUGCUAUUGUCACAAUGAACCAAUCUGCAGUAUGGACCGAUGGUAGAUACUUUCUACAAGCCGAACAACAACUUGAUUGUAAUUGGAUACUUAUGAAACAGGGGGAGCCCGAAACACCACUACAAUGGGAAUGGCUCAUUGAUGUUCUACCCCCCGGUACUGAAGAUUUACCGACCUUAGUUGCCUUUGAUCCAACACUUAUUUCAAUUAGUUUAUAUAACACCUAUGAUACUGCAUUUAAAGCAGCCCGAGCUGAUGACGUGUACAUAGAAAUGUAUUCCCAUCAAGAAAACCUGGUGGAUAUAAUUUGGGAUGAUCAACCAGAAUGUCCGAACGAACCUCUUUAUAUAAUGGACAUUAAAUGGGCAGGUCAAGAAUGGUUCGACAAGGUCACAGAUCACAGGAAGGAAAUGGGGGCCGUAGAAGCUAAUAUGAUGGUACUGCACGCUUUAGAUGACACUGCAUGGUUUUUCAACCUACGAGGGGAGGACAUACCUUAUAACCCAGUAUUCUUUGCGUAUACUAUAAUAGAAUUGGAGAAAACGACGGAUGUUGGUGUCUGGUCUCCAGGAGUCAACAAUAUUGGGUUUAUUGAGCCAAUACUUUGCGACUCAGUUUCUAAGGGAGUGUCAGUGCAACCUGUUGCCGGUGUUAGAUCGGAAGGUAUACUUGGUGGUAUUGGUGGAUGUGUUGGAGAUAGUGGAGUGUCGUCUUCGUCCAGAUGA